AUGUUUGACAUCGAGCGGACUCCCACGCAGGAGACGAUCAGCCGAAUGGCGCAGCUCAUCGACGGCGUGACGGCAGCGAACCAGGCCAUUGUGGGCCCGUCAGUUGGCGAUAUCACUCCCUUCCACAGCCGCACGGUGCCCGCCAUCUCAGUGCGCGACUAUCUGCAGCGAGUGGCAAAGUUUGUCUGCCUCGAAAACGACACACUGAUCGCGAUCCUCGUGUACUUGGACCGGAUAACACACGCCCAGACCCACCGUCCGUCACUGGCCCUGUCCCCGUAUAACGUCCACCGCAUGCUCAUCACGGCCAUCGUCGUCGCACACAAGUUCAACUCUGAUGUCUUUUUCAACAACGCCCGGUACUCCAAGGUCGGCGGUAUUCCACUGGCCGAAAUGAACCAGUUGGAGUUGGAGAUGCUGUUUCUGGUCCGCUUUGAGCUCAAAAUCGACGCCGAGGAAGUCCAGCGCAUAGGCACAUGGCUGAUGACACGGCCGCUGCCGUCAGGAACCAAGCUGGCAAGCUCGGCAGUUGGCAGAUUCUCCCCACUAGGCAUUCUAACAUUAUACCGCGAAGACAGCAUUCCACCACCGCAAUUUUCGCACCCAACUCCCGGCUUACACCCGUCCCAGGGCGCUGCCCUCUCACACAGCACCAGCUUGCCACCACUCGAAUACGUGACAGCAGGCAUUCCGGACGUCAGACUCCGGACGAGUCCCCACCAUGCACACCGCAACUCGCUGCCUUCGCAUCCACCGCACAACGCAAGCAGCGAAAUGGCUGCGACGCCAUCCAGCCUGCGCACGCCGCGCAUCCUCAAUGGGUCACCUGUGUAUCGGAGUUACCCGGGCUGCGAUCUUGAGCCAAGCAGCAUGAUCGUGGAUGAUGUUGCUUACAAAACACAUGUUGUGGGCGCGCAGCCGGUAGUCCACCAGGGGAACCAGUUUACGCAGCCCGUGUGGCGAGACAGCACGCUGUCGCCGUUCUCGCCCAUUUCGCCGACCGAGCAGCUGUUUGGCAACAGCAUCAACCAGAAGCGGCGCAGAAUCCAGCCUGUCAGCGUCAUACACAAUGGGAUGGGGCCUGCGCCAGCUGCUGCUACGGCUACUACGGCGCCUGCCGGUGCCCGCGUCUCGGAGGCGGAGUGA